GUUAAUCCAAUUGAGGGUGAAAGAUAUUAUCUUCGCAUGCUACUCCAACAUGUAAGAGCUCCAACAUCGUUCACCAGUCUAAAACUUGUGGAUGGUUAUACAACGUCCACAUUUCGAGAAAGUGCAGAGAGAAUGGGGCUUCUAACAGGAAAUGCUACAGCUGAUGUUUGCCUUGAAGAGGCUGUGAUGUAUCAAAUGCCCAGUAGCUUGCGGAAAUUAUUUGCGACAAUAUUGGUGUUUUGUGACAUUCCAAAUCUAAGAGAGUUAUGGGCUAAAUACAAAACGUAUCUAUAUGAAGAUUUUUCGCAGGGCCAUAAGGUGAAAGUAAUGACCUACGGACAGGAUAUCAUCAUUCUUGACAAGCGGCUUGAAGUGAACAACACAUACAAGAUUUUCAACGCAAAAGUUUCCGAAGCCACUCAAAGGUUUGGUGUUCCCGAUGAAAGUUACAGACAUAUCUGGACACUUAAUCGGAGGACAAUGAUUCACGAUGUCAGCUCAGAAGAGAAAAUCUUAAUUCAACCAAGUGCAGAACCUGAGAUUGAUCCAUUCUCUCUGUUCUACAAAGCGAUGCUUACAAAUAAAAAGAUCAAAGUCCAAGGGCGCGAAAUUCAGCAGACACUGCAAUCAGGCAUUUAUCCCACAAUAAUUGCAAGGAGGAUAGCAUCAACAUCUUUCAAAGGGCUAUCACUAACAACACGAUCUGAUUCGUCAAUCGAGCUGAACCCAGUCAUAUCACUUACAUCAAGUUUGGAUGAAUGGAAGUCUUCAAAUACAUCUGUCAUAGAGCACGCCAUUGAGACGAAAAAAUGGCUGGACCGCUUAUCUCUGUUUGCAAAGCCUGAAGAUAUUCAAACAACACCAAUCUCUGAAGUGGCACGAACAACAAAUGAGGGAGACAUCCACUGGGUUGAAGGACAGUUGCAGGUCUUAGAAACUGGAGACAUUACAUUCUACAUUGGUUGCAGCAGUUGCAACAGAAAAUUGGACUACAUAGAAGGAAUCAAUUUCAAAUGCAUGUUGUGUGGUGACCUUGAAGCAAAAACCAUAAAGAGAUUCAGAAUUCUGUCCGAAAUAAAAGAUGCAAUUAGUUCUCUACAAGUAACACUUUUCACCGACACACUUGAAAAGAUUGUACGAGCACUUGAAUUGAAUACACCAAUGGAGUUGCUAAAAUGCGGGGAUUUGAACAACAGUCUUGCAUCUCAGAAGGUAACGGCUGCAGUGCAACUACCACCUCGCACUGACCAAACAUCUGCAUCGAAGACAUUCUCACUUCUAUCCCUAGAGAGAUGCACAAGAAAAGGUAGUUUCCGAAUCCUUCACAUCCCUAGUUGUAAGAAGUCAACUUCAAGAUUGCGAGAGGAAGCUGCCCCAAAACCAACUCCGAAGGAGAUGAUCACCACUGAUGAAGAGUUCCUAAAGAUUCUUGAUGAAGAGCACUUAGUUGCUGUGUCUGAAGUUCCUUUCGAGAAGGAUGAGAAAGAGAAGAAGAGCAAAAAGAGCAAGAAGAAGGUUGAGAAGUCUGUCACACUUCAAGUGUCAUAUGUCGAGUUUGUUAUUCAUGAUUUCUUCUACAAUACCUUUGAGUCCUGUAGUGAUUCCUCCAGUCCCAUGACAGCAAAAAAAUCAUCACUAGUGAGGUUUUUGGAGCAGAAGCUACAUGAGGUCAGAGAAGAGCUGGGCAAGUGUCACAAGAUGCAGGAGGAGCUGGAGGCAGAAAAGGAGAAGCUGGUGAUGCUUCCAAAAAUGGCUAGGGAUGAGGCCCUAGAUUCAGAGGAGACAGCUUCUGAGGAGGAGGAAGGAACUGGGAGUACAAAGGCUGGGGAUGGGGAGGACAGUCUCACUAGGGGGAGGAUGAUGAAAAAUAUUUUGUUUCCUUAAUUGAAAAAACAUUUAUUGAGAUUUACUUUGGGAUUUGAGGUUGUUUUGCCUCGUUGCUCUCGUUACAUUAAACUCUUUUCACUCUCUCUCUCUUUGAACAUGUUCUGUAAUGCCCCAAAACAUACCCUAGAAUUAUUAAUGAAUACUUAUUCAAUUA